AGUAAACCUAAAUGGAGCUUCUCUGGGUCUUUCUGCUGAUGGAGGUGGUCCUGAUGUCCACUGCUGCCAGAGGUCCACCCAGGGUGUCGGAGCGGGUGGCCCACAGACAGAGCAUCCGCCUGGGUCGCACCAUGAAGCUGCCGUGCCCCGUGGAGGGCGACCCCCCGCCGCUCAUCAUGUGGACCAAAGACGGACGCAACAUCCACAGUGGCUGGACGCGCUUCAGGGUGCUGCAGAACGGGCUGCGCAUCAAAGAGGUGGAGACCGAGGACGCGGGGACCUACAUCUGUAAGGCCAUCAACGGGUUUGGCAGCGUGAACAUCAACUACACGCUCAUCGUUAUAGAUGACUCCAGUUCAAGAGGUGGAGCAGCGAUGGCCAAUGGUGACUCUGAACACGCCCCAGAGCUGGCUGGGAAACUGGUGCGUCCGCGUUUCACCCAGCCGUCAAAGAUGAGGAAGCGCGUCAUCGCUCGCCCGGUGGGCAGCUCGGUGCGUCUGAAGUGUACAGCGAGCGGUAACCCUCGCCCCGACAUCGUCUGGCUGAAGGACAGCCGGCCGCUGGAGGACGAGGACGCCGGAGCAGAGGGAGCGGGAGGAGAAGGAGAAGGGAAGAAGAAGAAGUGGACUCUGAGUCUGAAGAACCUGAUGCCCAAGCACAGCGGGAAGUACACCUGCCAUGUAUCCAACAGAGCAGGAGAGAUCAACGCCACCUACAAAGUGGAAGUCAUACAGCGUACCAACUCUAAACCCAUCCUGACUGGCACGCACCCUGUCAACACCACGGUGGACUACGGAGGAACCACGUCUUUCCAGUGUAAAGUCCGCAGUGACGUCAAGCCGGUUAUUCAGUGGCUCAAAAGAGUCGAACCUGGUGACGAGAACAAGUUUAACUCCACCAUAGAGGUAGGAGACCAUCGCUUCGUGGUCCUGCCUACAGGGGAGGUGUGGUCUCGUCCUGACGGGUCCUACCUCAACAAGCUGCUGAUCACCAGAGCCAAGGAGGAGGACGCCGGCAUGUACAUCUGCCUGGGAGCCAAUACGAUGGGCUACAGCUUCAGGAGCGCCUACCUGACUGUGCUACCAGAUCUGAAGCCCCAAAACAACGCUGUCCCCACGGCAACAUCCCCCAGCCUCCCCUGGCCCGUCAUCAUCGGAAUACCUGCAGGAGUCGCCUUCAUCUUAGGCACCGCCCUCCUCUGGUUCUGCCAAUCCAAACGCACCUGCUCCUCCUCUUCUUCAUCCUCCUCCGCUCUUCCCGCCGGCCAGCGUCUACCUGCGGCCAAUCGUGACCGAGCCUGCCCGACGCUGCCUCCUCAGCCGGCCAACGGGGAUAAAGACUGUCUUUCAUACGAGGACUACGUCGCCCAUCAGCAGCUGCUCCUGGCUCAGGGAGGCACUUCGUUGGCCCCCAAGGUCUACCCGAAGAUCUACACGGAUAUUCACACGCACACACAUUCGCACGUGGACGGGAAAGUGCACCAGCACCAGCACAUUCACUACCAGUGUUAGCACCCUUUGGUGUUUUCACAUUUACACGAACAUGUCCCUGUGCAUGCAGACUCAUUCACAGAGGUCCGUACUAGCUGCUGACAAACGGAGCAAAGGACAAGGAAAAGCCACAUGAAAGAGACCGUGAGGAUUCAGAUACAGAAACAUGGGGUCACGCAACUCUUCCUCAUUCUGCUGCAGCCACGUUAUUGUGUAAACACAGACUUAUUCAAGACACAAACAAUGAAGAAUGUAAAGAAAGAAGACAAAGGUUCUUAUUUUUAAGGAAAAUCUGGAAGCCGAUCCAGUAAAAUCUAUGAGAGAAAACCCCAAAAUAUGUUUUAUUCACCUUUUUUUUUUUUAUUUACAAAAUCUUUUCUGUAUUUUUAAAUCUCUCUUUUUUUUUUUUUUUGCUCAAAUGCAUCUUUUAGUACUUUUGGACACAACAACAACCUCCUCAGUAACAGUAGAAAUAGCUCGCCUACGCUACAAGGCUCCAACUAUAGUUACUCAUGUAUAUAGUGGAAUACGAUUAUUAAAGAACAAUAUAGCCUGUAUGUAAUGUAAUAGCUUAAUGUCAGAGUAUAUCUCAGGCGUCAAGCCAACCGAGCCAUAAAAAAACACAAAUCAAGGCAAACUCCCUCAGUAUCCUCUCCCUCUGUAAGGAUGAGGGCUGCUGGGUUUUUUUUGCUUCUGCCGGGCCGCCAGCCGUUCUGAUAAAUGUCCAGCUGCUAUCUAGAAUCUGUGUGAUGUCAAACUGGGUUUCAGAGUUCAGACUGCAUGAAUCUCUCUCAGUAAACAGGGAGGUCCUCCAGAUUAAGCACAGUUUGUGCCCCCUUUACUUCCUGUAAAAAGGUGGCAUUUCCCGUUUCACGUUGUCGCCUUUUCAACUCUGUUUGAUGCUCGCUGACUUAAGAAGAGAGCGAUGGAGGAUUUCAGUUCUCCUCCACGUCAUACGUUCUAAAGCGAACAGCGCAAAGGGAUCAUCUACAAUGCCUCGGUGAAAAGUGGUGCCUUCUAAGAAUUGUUUCCAGAUUUCAUGGAUCACUGUGGGAUCAUUGGAUAUGUCGCAGAUUCUUUGUAAUCUCAUAUGAGAUUUAGAGGACAUAAAAGAGAGGGAAUUCAUCUUAAACUCUUUGACUUUAAGUCCUCAACUCUUCUUCCUUAGGCUCUGUUCUCCACACAUGGCUUGUUACUAAGCAGAGGGACUCAUCUGUUGUCUCUAGCUUUUAUCUAAAAAAGGGUAAAGUUUUGGAUAAAGGGCUCUCUGUCACCCUGAUCAGGAAAAUGGAAGGUGCUGCAUUAAAACAUUUUAGAUGCUGAAAAGAUAAAAUGAGGAGAUCAGCUUUAAACGGAAACACAAACAUUUAGAGCCAUUUUUAUUACACAGAAAGCUAUGUUGAUUACUACAGCAGUACCUGCUGACUAGCUACAAGUACAUCAACUGCUCUCAGUGCUGUAUAAUGACAAUACAUUAUAAUUGUUACUUGAUAAAUACAAUGAUAUACCUGGGUUAUUUAAAUCUGUAUGUUUUGAUUCACUCAUCUACAUAUUAUAUUGACAACCUCAAGAGUUCUUUUAAAUAAUGAGUUGGAUUUAAAGCAUUUCUCUCUGUGUGAUUACAGUUUGGUCUCAUGUUAAUGCCAUUUCAAAGCCCACACAUGUAUUUUGGCUGAUUAGACCUCCUCUCAGGACUGCGGUCAUGUACAAAGUGUGUUCGAUUAAUAUUUCCAUUACUCUCGUCUUGAUUUGUUUCACCUUUUAGAGUGGGGUAACAUAAACCUUUAUACUUCGUAUUAAAGCAUUGAGCUUGGUAACCUGCCCAGCAUUGCUCCUCCUGGCUCCGUACUGAGCAGAGGUCUAAUCAGCCAGAUUAAGUGAAAACACCUGUGUGGGUGUUCAGAGCCUUUGAUUUGUAAACAGGGAGGUCACCUGCAGCUGUUACGAGCUAAGCAAUUAGUAGACUAUAUAAAUGAUCCUAGAGUAAGCUGUCAUCAAAGCGAACGUAAGCUCGAGUAGGAGAGAGUGGAUAUAAAAUUAAGGUCAGCUCUGCUGGGUGAUUAUAAAACCCACAACAAAGAUCGUGAUGAAACAAAGUUUUUAACCUAUAAAAUGUGUUUCCACUCGCACUAGAAUCCAAAAUCUAAAGGUUACUUUUAAAAAAAAUACAACAACUAAAGCAUCAAAUCAUCUGCAAACUGAUGAAAUAGAGUAUUGUUUUUUUAACAGAAUCCAGAGUUUGCAGGGUUUUGGAGACUGAUUCCCAGCUUCUCUUCUUACUUGGAUGGUCCAUGCAAUAAUCUGUUAGUUGUUCUUUCAUUGUUUCACUGCGUUUUUACUUUCACUUCUCAAAUCUAAUUGGAAACCUGCCCCAACAAACCUUUUCAGCUCAAAGCCAAGUCACAGCUGACUUUCUCUCAGGUGUCCAUCUUGUAUGUUCCUUUUGUGUUUGCAUGAAUCUGACCACUAUAAAGAAACAUUGAAAAACAAAAUGCUAAGAUCAGCUGUUUAACAUUACUCUCUGAGAGGCGCACUCACGCCAUGUGACGUAAUGUAAUGGUUGAAACAGUGCGGUGACUCCCUCCAGAGAUGUAUAAAACAUAAAAGAAGGUAUUUGUGAAAUAUGAAAGAAAAGCUGUGGGCGUGUCAUGUAGUUGAUUGCACAAGUAAGAGUUUCUCUCUGCAGACCUUCUACAGGACGAAAUACAACGGUGAGAACUUUACAAGGGUGUGUUUAAACAAGCAUGUGACAGGAAGUGAUAUAUUGAAAUCACCUGGUAACUUAAGCUGCACAUGUGGUCCUUCUUAAGCAUGGGUUGUUGCACAUACAUGUUUUAAACUCAAAUAGGAAUAAUGUACAAAAAUAUACAUAUGGAUACAACAUAUAUGCCCAACUUCUAUUCAAGCCUCAAACUUUAUGCUAUUGCAUAUUUGUAAUCCUUUGUAUUUUGUUUCAAACAUCAAAUUAUUUUUAUUAUUAAGAUUUUUAAUAAGGUGUAGCCUAUAAAACUUGCAUUCUUAAGAUGAGAUGAAGCACACAUAUCUGCACAAAGACAUAUUCAACUAAAUAAAUGAUCAACAUGUGCAUUUCAAACCCCAAACAAAACAUCCUCUGACCUUGUUCUUUUUCGCAGUGUCCUCUCUUCUUUCCUGUAUAACAAUUCAAAUACAUAUACAAAUACAAAUUAGCUAAAGUACGUCAGAACACAAAGAAUAACAUAUAUCAAAAACUAUUUCCUCGCCAAAAGAAAUAUGAAUGUAGGAUUGGAAAUAUGGCAUUAGUAGCUUUUCCUCUGACAUGUUUUUCUUGUCCUCCCAUCUUUUCUGUUUUGAAACAUCUGUUGUCAAAGUCGCCCUGAACAGCUGGAGUGUGUCCUUUUCAUUCUAAGUUUUGCUUCUAAAGUUGGAGGGGUGGGAAAGUUUCCAAACAGUUACACUUUCCUUAAUCAGUGCUGUGUUUUUCUGUGAAAAAUCUCGUCCGUUCAGUGACCUUUUUUCACUUGUUUCACAUGUGAAACCCAGUUUCGUUGUAUUGUUUCAAAGCUAAAUGACUGCCAGUAGAAAGACUGUAUUACCACUAAGCAUGUACAUGGAAUGACAUUAGUGUUGGAAAUAUAGUGUUAGAUCAUUUUGUGAGACUGUUCUGGUCCAAACAGUAGCUCUUGCAACACAUCCCUCUACACAUCGUAAAUGCUAAAUUGUCUCAAGAUUCAAAAAGAAAGCGUGUUUCUAAUUUAUUUUAUUUUAUUUACAUGUUUUGUUUUCAUAUAAUUGGGCAUUAUACUGCAUGAGUGGAUUUUGUGUUAUAUUUGUAAUGAGCUAUGUAGCAAACACCAUGUUCAUGUCAUUGUAAGAUACUGUAUUUAUACGUGCCGACGGAAUAUACGAAAUUUUAUCGAUAAUCUUUGUAUCGACAAUCUUGUACAGUCUAUUGUCAUUUAGGUUAAAUUUCGUUUUUCCCAUUGUAAUCAUUUUAUU